AUGAAUCACAUUAAAGCUUUUGGCUUGGCGAAAUGGGCAACUGGGGAGAAAUUGGAAUUUAUAGAAAUGGAGGGCGAAGAUGGUCUCAUCUCAGAUUUAACUAAUACACUCAUGAUUCUCAAGACCAAAACAAUUAGUUAAUUUCAGAAGAUGUAAUAUUAAUGUAAUAUUGAAAGAGACUCAUUGCCAUCUAAUAAAGGAAGAUGGUAUUAUAUGCCUUUUAAUAAGGAGAUCAUCUAACUUGUUUUAGCAACUUCGGAUUGUAAUCAAAAUAAUAUUGAAAUGCUUAUUAGUGCCAUUUAAUCAAAAAUUGUAUUGAUCUAAAUAAAAUCUCUCUAGUUGAACGGGAAUGUUAUUCUCAAUGACAAUCAGAGGGAUAACAUCCUUAAGUUAUUAAUCUAUUUCGAGAGGCAAUACAACAAAGAUCCAAAACAAAUCAAAUAAAUCAUGUAGACAUUGGAUAAUACGAAAUAAUCAGUCCAGCAAAACAUAGAAAAAAUGAUCAACAACAAAGACCAAUUGAGUCAAAUUGAAAGUAUAUCCUACCUUAUUUUAGUUAAAUCUUUGGAAUUGGAGGAUACAUCAAAAAUCUUUUAUGAUACGGCUACUGCUGUUCACAGAAAGAAUAGAUUGAAUAGAUUAAAAAGAAGAUUAAUUAUUGGAGGGAUAGCAUUUGUAAGUAUAAGUUUUAUUUGUUAUUGGAUUUUCUAUUGA